CUUUGUUUAUGGUCCAAAGUCCUGGCACUGGCGAUGCCAGGUUCAUCGUGCUCAGACACACAGGGGCCCUGGAUGGACGCUGUCCCCUCCCCUCCCAUUGCCCAGGGCUGUCCACCUGGUUCUUCAGGCUUCAGCUCUCUCCUUAGCCUGGGCUCUUCGUGGUGCUGAGGGACCGUCAGUCCUGCUCCAGUGCUAUCAUGACAAAGGAUUAUCAAGAUUUCCAGCACCUGGACAAUGAGAAUGACCAUCGUCAACUCCGGAGAGGGCCGCCUCCCACUCCGCGGCUCGCACAGCGACUCUGCUCUGGAUUCCGCCUCCUCCUGCUCUCCUUUAGCCUCAGCAUCCUGUUGCUGGUGGUUGUCUGUGUGAUCACAUCCCAAAAUUCCCAACUCCGGGAAGAUCUGCUGACUCUAAGGCAGAACUUAAGCAACUUCACUGUGAGCACCGAGGACCAGGUCAAGGCCCUGAGCACCCAGGGACGUAGUGUGGGAAGAAAGAUGGAGUUGCUGGAGUUGCAGCUGGAAAAACAGCAGCAGGAUCUGAAAGAAGAUCACUCCAGAUUGCUGCAGCACGUUACGCAGUUAGUGUCUGAUGUGCGAAGCUUGAGCUGCCAGAUGGCCGCACUUCAGGGCAAUGGCUCUGAGAGGACCUGCUGCCCCAUCAAUUGGGUGGAGUACAAUAGCAGUUGCUACUGGUUCUCGAGCUCUGUGAGGUCCUGGACUGAGGCUGACAAGUACUGCCGGCUGGAGGGUGCCCACCUGGUGGUGGUGACCUCCUGGCAGGAGCAGAGAUUUGUCCAGCACCACAUGGGCCCCUUGAACACUUGGAUUGGCCUAACUGACCAGGACGGGCCCUGGAGAUGGGUGGAUGGGACAAACUACGAGAAAGGCUUCAAGAACUGGAGGCCGGAGCAGCCGGAUGACUGGACGGGACACGGGCUGGGAGGGGGCGAGGAUUGCGCCCACUUCACCUCGGAUGGCCGCUGGAAUGACGACGUCUGCAGGAGGCCCUACCGCUGGGUCUGUGAGAUGGGGUUGGGCAAGGCCAGUUAGGAGCUGCCCUUCCCCUCAUUUAUUUCCGUAAUGCCUGGAGCUGCUGAGGUUUAGAGUUGGGAGGUCCUACCUAAGGGUCUCCCCGUCUUUGGAAACUCUCAUCUAGGAUUUUAAGGGACCGGUAGAGAACGGUGUUUGAGGAAUGGCAUGUGGUGCCCGGUGGGGGAGGGGUGCCUCUUGAAACCCAUGAUGUUCUGUGCAGUGUGCAGCUCCCGACUGUCAGCUUGUGUUUUAGAGUAAAAAGA